UAGUCUUUAAGGUGCCACCAGACUCCUUGUUGUUUUUGUAGAUACAGACUAACACGGCUACCCCCUGAUACUUGGUAGUGUGCUACUUUCACUGCUGCAGGCCAAUCUUCCCAAUGCCCUACAGCUUGUGAGGGGGUGAGAGCUCUACCUCAUGGCUUGGGGGGACGGGGACUGUACCCCAUGGUCUAUGGGAUGAAGUCAUAUUUAGGCCUGAUAGAAUCCUGCUGUGAAUUCUAGGGGUCUGUUCUGAUCACGUUUAACAGGAGAACAGGGUGUGUGUGUGUGUGUGUACAACACUGCGGAAUAACCAUGUCUGAGAAAAAUAAAAGUCACUGAAAAGCUGGAAGAGACUGGUUUGAACUACCGCGAGAGCUGUAGUGGCUGGAGGAGAGCUAAGCUGGAGAUGGGAGACUAAUCCAUGGGUAUGAGAGCAGAUAACACAAAGUUACAGGUCCAUUUGUGUAACCUAGGGAGGUUAAAGCAGUGUUGCCUGGUGCUGGAGGUGACUGAUGAGAUGGUCCGGAUGAGCAUCUCCCUCAACAGAUCACUGCUUGCUGAGUGUUUUGCCUUAAUAAAGAGUUAGACCCAUCAGCUGUGUUCUCCUCGCUCCUCAGCCUCGAUGAAGCAAUGCUUCAGCUCCGGCUCUUAACGUGGGACGUGAAGGACACGCUGCUACGGCUCCGGCACCCAGUAGGAGAGAAUUACUCUGCUGCGGCCCGAGUUCACGAAGUUCAUGUACAGCCUGAGGCUCUCAAUAAGUCUUUCCAUCAGGCAUACAAAACCCAGAGCAAGCACUUCCCCAACUAUGGCCUGAGCCAAGGGCUAAGCUCCAAGCAGUGGUGGGCUGAUGUUGUCAAACAGACUUUCAGACUCGCUGGUGUCCAUGAAGACAGGCUCCUCGCCACCAUUGCAGAAAGUCUCUAUCAGGAGUUCUGCAGUGCACAGAACUGGGAGUUGUUACCAGGCGCCAGGGAGACUCUGAGGCAGUGCCACCAGCUGGGCAUCCGUAUGGCCGUAAUCUCCAACUUCGACAAGAGGCUCGAGAAGAUUCUGUCUCACUGCAACCUCAGGCACCAUUUUGAAUUUGUCUUGACCUCGGAGGAGGCUGGCUUUGCCAAGCCAGACCAGCGGAUCUUUCAGAAGGCGCUGCACAUUUCUGGGGUAGCCCCACAUCAGGCAGCUCACGUGGGGGACAAUUAUGUGAGGGAUUAUAGGGCAGCCAGAGAUGUGGGCAUGCACAGCUUCCUGCUCACGAGGGCUGGGUGUGCAAACAAUUGGGAGCUACAGGUACCAAAGCAGCACGUCCUGCCUUCACUUACCCACUUGCUGUCUGUUAUCGAGAAGGGUUAACGGUGAAUCCCUCGCCUCUCCGCAGAGAUCACCAGGGACAAAACAGAUUCCUUACACCUCGUCGCUAAAAAGAGGGACCAGUUGUGUUGGGACCGGGGGAGGGGAAGGGAGAGGAUUUGGUUCUCCACCAGGUGAAUCAGGUUCUAAAGAGUAUCUGCAUGUCCUGCUAUAGAGAGGGGGGGGGGAAGCAAACCCCGCUGAACUCAGUGAGAAAUACUUGCUAGCACCAUCCACAACAGUACAUUAGUCAUCCAAUACAAUAAACUGCUACAGAUACUCA